UAAGUCGAUGGUUAGGACGGAUGUUAUUGAAAGGGAUUGUGUCCGCACAAAAUGAAGGGAACUCUCAUUCUGCUGUCUCUGCUUGUCUCCUGGGUGUGUGGGCCUGCUGCAACAGCAGUGCUGGAUCCAGACGUCCCCUCUGAAGAUGGACACGGCACAGAGAACAGUAACGAGAUUCAGAACUACAGCAACCAGAGUGCACCAGAGGUCUGUCAGCUCAGCACCUGUGAGCUCCUGCUUAGGGCGCUGGGGACCAUGCAGGGGAGGAUGAGGGCCAUGGAGACCAGGCUGGAGGCCAGCGAGACAAAAGCAGUCACCAUGGAGACGAGGCUGGAGGCCAGCGAGACAAAAGCAGUGGCCAUGGAGACCAGGCUGGAGGCCAGCGAGACAAAAGCAGUGGCCAUGGAGACCAGGCUGGAGGCCAGCGACACAAAAGCAGUGGCCAUGGAGACGAGGCUGGAGGCCAGCGAGACAAAAGCAGUGGCCAUGGAGACCAGGCUGGAGGCCAGCGACACAAAAGCAGUGGCCAUGGAGACGAGGCUGGAGGCCAGCGAGACAAAAGCAGUGGCACUGGAGAGUGAGAUUGAGCAGUUAAAGAGGGCAAAUGCAGGCAAGGUAGCAUUCUCCGCUUCUGUUGGGGGUCAUGGAAACACAGGACCAUAUAACGUACAGACAACUCUUAAAUACAAGAAUGUGCUCACCAACCUAGGCAACGCCUAUAAUCCAUCCACAGGAAUAUUUGUUGCCCCAGUCAGAGGAAUUUACUAUUUCUACUUCUGCUACCAUGCUGGCCAACAGAAUAGGGCAUCUUUGUCCUUACACCAGAAUGGUCAGCUAAUAGCCACUACUUCACAUCAUUCAACGGACAGGGGUAGGACAGAAAACGGAUCCAAUGGUGUUGCAUUGAAACUGGAGGUGGAUGAUCAUGUCUAUGUCAUUCUUGAUAAAGAUACCUGGGUUUGGGAUGGAUCAUACCAUGAUACUGUGUUCACUGGAUUUCUGGUCACCCAGUUGUGAUAUGUACAGUAUUUGAAACACAUGUAUGUAUCUUCAGACAUUUCGUCAACAAGUUAAUAUUUGAGAGUAAUUGACAAACAUGGCAAAAUAAUAAAUGUGAAUCACUACAAUUUAGAGUCUGAUUAAAUAAAGGCAAAGCAGUUAUGUUCUUUGUGUGUUUAUGAGUUAUGUUGAGGACCUUAUCACUUCUUCUGGGAUUUAUUGCAUGUACAAGUAACCCAAUGUGUUGAGUUGAAUAUACCGCAAGUGUCAAUUCAGUGUUCCUGAAUAUAUGCACUCAUUUUAAAUAUUUACCGGAGUUCUAAAUGCUAAGAUAUGACAGUAGCAUUCUCCCCUUCGGUUGGGACUUAUAUACACACAGGACAGAUACAAGACAGUGCUCACCAACCUACCAUGUGAGCGUGAGAGGAUUGGCCGCUGUGGAAAAUCCCAAACCAAUAGCACAAGGCAUUUGACAUCUUCUCUAUUACCUUAAAAAAAAGCAAUAAGACAAGCGUGAGAGUGGGGUUACUUAAGGAUAUCCUCAGGGCUGUGAUUUGGCUGUAGGCUGUUUUUUGUUGGGCAUAGUGGGACACUGAAGGUAUUUCUGGGUCAUUAACUGCUUUGUAGAGAUAUAUAAAACACUAUUAAUAUGUAAACUAUCACUGUGUCUAUAAUAGAGUGACCCUUCCCCACUCUGACAAUAAAAACUGGUUGAAGAAAAUGUUUACGGUUUAAUUGCUCUCCAUAUCAGCAACACAGGCCCUAAAAAAAGACAGUUAGGCAGAAAGAAAACAGCGGU